CGCUCACGAACGGUGCAUGGACUCACCUGAACAUCGCCAGCUCAUCGAGCCUAGUACUCGAAGCAGGUGAAAGUCAAAAUGGCUGUUCUGACGCGGCCAUUCAUCCUCAUUCCUCUCGCCGUUUUUGGCGUCGGCCUCUUCGCUCUCGACGCCCUUGAGCUCUACCCAGCGUCCCUACACAAGACAGCGAUUUCAGCGUCCCUGCACAAACUCCUUCGGAGCGUAAGAAGCGGAGGCACGACGGACGCUACCUCAGCAGCAGGAGAACGGGAGGAGAGAGAGGACUUCUCUGACCUUGAAGCGCUGGAGAGCAAGAUGGACGUGCCCUUUUACGUAAGCAGACAGACCGACAGGACCAACGAGCGAGUGAUGGCAUGCAUUGUGAGCAUAACACUCACGUACGGCAGGUCUACGAAACUCCCUCCCUGAUGGAAAUGUACAACCGUUGCCAGGUGCCAGCAAGGGCAAUCCUCGAAGGGACGUGGCCGGCCAAUGUGAAGUCUAUGAUCAAGAAGAAGAUAGGUAGGACUGAUCGCCGGUGUGCGUCACAUCAAUCUGUCGUGUGUGUGUGAUAAUACAGGGGAGAUCUUCUGGCUGGAUCAGCUGUGGAACGAUACGUGGCGCACAUUCGAUCCUGACCAGGCGCUCGUGUAUGUCCUCCCCAUCUAUCCAGGUGCAUGGGUGUUGGGCAGAGAAGCAAUCGAGGGGCCUCUUCAAUGCAUUUUUGUGUUGCAGUGCUUCUGUUGGAUCAGGUUUGCAAGGGUCUCAAACGAAACCAAACCCACGAACUGGCCACUCGCGCCGUUCAUGAGGUAAGCAGAUGGGCACACAUUACGCGAAUCGUUUCCUCUCGACUCGGUCGUCCCAUGAUUCAUUCAGAUCACGGCAAUGCCCUACUAUUACCGACAUGGCGGGCUGGAUCAUAUCGUUAUCGUAAGGAAGGCCAAGCACGCAUAUGAAAUCGUGUCAACGCUGCGUAUGGCUGCCAUAUAGGCGACAGACUGGCGAAUGAGAGGAUCCAUGAAGAAGGUUUUUGGAUCGACCUUUCAUUCCUUUGUCGGGAACAUCACGUGGGGCCGCACCCUCACAUUGGACAGUAAGUAGCUAAUGGAUGGAUUCGGUUUGUGCCAUGCAUCAAGUGCCCUUGUCUGUUUGUCUGCAGAGAACAGGCCAUGGCAGUGCGGUGUCAACGUGCCACACACGUGAGUCGACAGAUAGACAGGCCAGCCUGGGUGGCACGAGUGAUUGAAUCGAGUGACUUGCGUGUGUGUGUGUCUGUCUGUAUAGUUCUGCCAUGACCUACAUGCAGAAGGCCUACGAGCCCUUUGAGAAGGAGAGCCUGCUGGAGCGCGGCUUUAUUGCCCCUGAAGACGUCUUCGAGGACGACCGUCUGGACACCGCACUCGACCCCCCGUCGCGACGCGACUGGUUCGCGAGAGACUACAACCUUUUCUUUCAGGGUGAGCGAGCAGUGGGCGGGAUGGAUGGACCUCUCUUAUGUGGAUGCAUGUGGUCUCGUGUUGCGUCAUCGAUGUAGGUCAAGCGGACACAAGGCAUGCAUAUCGCUACCGCCGUCUGGGGCUGCAGCACCUCGCUGGCUGGCGAUUCAGGCCCAACACAAGCUCCAACGUCCUGGUCUCCUCGUCCAAGCCCAUGACCUAUCAAGUGCUGGACGCAGACGGCAAGGAGCGAAGGGAGCCAAUUCCUUCCUGCCCGCGCAAAGACGGCAUCAAUAAGGAGGUCUUCAGCGGAAAGAUGGGCAAAUUUGAGCGGUGCAAUGGGCGGAUGGCUCCGAAGAAAGAAAAAGGGGCUGGUCGGCAGAGUGACAAGCGAACAGAUCGUGGCCGCUAUGCGGCGGCCACGUUUCUGCAUCGGCUGGGCAACUCGAAGCUCAAUCUCUGCUUUCGAGGCGACGACGUGACCAGCAACCGGUUAUUCGACGGGCUGUGGACGCGGACAUUGAAUGUGCUGGUCACCGAAAUAGAAAAAACGUUCACGACUUGGCUCCCAUUCCAAUGCGAGAUUCCGUGGAGGUGGGUGUGGUGGGUUGGAAAACAGAAAGGAGGAGAAAGAAAGCAGCCUUCAUGCGCACUGGUCUGUCAAUGCCUGUUGUGUAUGAAUGUAUGCGUAUAGGAACUUCACGUAUGCGAUUGACGGCCCUGAGUUCGUUCGGUCCCCUCGCGAAUCCCUCACUCCCAUACUGCAAGAGGUGUAUGAUGAUCCUGCGGCGGUGAGAGAGAGGCUUCGGCUCCAAGACUACUACAGCCGGAAGGCGCUUUGGAAUGCGCCUGGGAGCACCACCGCCAGAAGCACACUGCGCGCCAUGACACGGCAGUGUCUCACUGACGAGAUAAAGAUCGAUUUCAUACAGAGGACAGCCGGGAGCGGUGAGACAUACCGAAGGACAGAUGACAUCAAGAGACACGGAUAGAACUGCGUGUAUAUGCACGGCCUGUGUGUGUUUAGGGAUGGUGGGUGACGUUCGCGGCCAUCCGCUGUUCGCGCCGUGUGUGUUUCCAGACACAUUGGUUGGCCUGGAUGCGCAGAGGGCCUACGACACGUAGUUCUAUCCCUAAACCGAGGGAGUGUUGGUUGCAUGGCGCAUGUGUUGAAUUAGACAGCUCGCCGCCGCGCGUCUGUGUGGAUGUAUUUUUCCGAUGCAUUCCCUUCCUGUCUCACCCGCUGGUGUCCGUGCAAGCCAGCGUAUAGGAUGGAUGAAUGCACACAGAAUCUAAGCCGGCCUGUAAGUAGCGGAUGUGAUGUGCAUUCAGUAUGUGUUUGCUUUCUUUUGCAUGUGCUGACUGUCUGGAUUGCCAUCUCAGUGAAUGCAAUACGAGCUCUGCCCAGAGUGCGUGUUUGGUUUUUCUCGCGACGACUCGCUUGGCGAGUUUAAACGAUGUACAUGG